UCCACCAAUAACUUCACGCGUCUAAAUAUGGCCGCCAUAUUCGCAUCGCCAAGCCACACCUCCUCGAUUCCCGCCCCAAGAAAAGGCUCGUGCGUGGUCCCCUCCAUCCAUGCUCCGAGCUCCUCCGUGCCGCGACGCUCUCCGCGCGAAACGCCUCCGCCUUCCGCCACCGUUGCGCCUCUUAACACAGCCCCGUACGCGCACGUGCGCUGCGCGGCGGUUACAGCGCAGAGAAAGAUACGCUGCUUUUUAAAUCACCCCAUUGAAGCGCAGAGGGCAUGGGGGGAAAGUAUAAGCGCACCGAAACUCCCCAGCAGCGAUUUCCCGAAGCACCCGGGGAACUCCAAUCGCAGGCGGCGGCGCUGCGGAUUGCGCGCAUUGGAGCAUCCCGCCGCCAAUCACGCCUCCAGAGUGCUCCGGGUCGAGUCGCGCAAUCGGAUCCUGUUCGAGCCGCACGAGGUGGCGCGGGAUGGGCGCAUCCAGCUGGCGGCAUCUGAUUCGCGCGCCCGCCACAUGCGGCGCGUGCUGCGGGCAACCGUGGGGAAGAAAGUUCGGGUUGGCAUCGUCAACGGCCCGGCCGGCACGGCUACAGUUGUGCGCAUUGGGCCGGGGAGGGGGAAGAGCAGACGGGGGGAGGGAGAGGAGAGGGAGGAGGAGGCAGAAGCGCAAGCAGAGGGCUCCCAAGCGGCGGGUGGUGAGGGGAGGAGCGAAAGGCAGAGUGCCAGCAUCGUCCUCCUCGGUAUGGGCGAGGAUGGUGGGUCGGGUGGUGAUGGGGGUGGUGAUGGUGAGGAUGGUGAGGAUGUUGGGUUCCUGCUGCAAUGCAACUUCCAAGUAACGCCCAACGCCACCACCAUGCCGUCGAGUGUUACGAUCCCGUCUGCUGUUACCAGCACAGCAGCAGCAGCAGCAGCAGCAGCAGCAGCAGCAGCAGGGACAACAACAGCAGCAGCUAGAGCCGGCACCAGCACGUCAACGCUUCUCCUUCCCUCUUCCUGCUCCUCGCACCAAUCCCCAUCUGCCACGUCACCGCAUCACAGGCUGCGGCUUCUCCUUGCCAUGCCCAGGCCAAAAGCCAUGAAGCGACUCUGUGCAGGUCUAUUCUCGGGCAGUUUGCCCUCCAGGACGUCAUCAUUUGCAACGCUGCCCGAGUCGAAAGGUGUUAUUUCGACAGCCAGGCACUGCUGCCCGAUGUUGUUCGCCGGGAGCUUCUGAUUGGUGCAGAGCAGGUCGGCGACACGCACCUUCCAUCCGUCUCCAUCCAUCUGCAACUGAAGAAGCUUCUCUUCACCUUCCUCUUCCCCCACCUGGACGAUCUCGAGCGCCAGAGCCAGCUGGACCAAUCAGAAGCUCUGCAUGCCACCGCUUUUACAGUUGAUGCUAGCGCGGCGACUACCGAUGCUGAUACGAGUACUACUAAUAGUCCUGCUGUUGCUGUUGCUGCUGAGGGAGCAGGUACCAUCAGAGCCGUGAGCCCAUCGCCACCACCCCCACCGCUUCUUGCUGUUGCGCCAGUCUCUUCGGGGACCCUCCUACUGCUGGCGCACCCAGGCAGUGAGGAAAAGGGCAGUGGUGGGGAGGCCAGUGGGGCAAGCGCAGCAGAGAGUGAGGAGGAUACGGCUGGUGGAGGGACAAUGAACGGAAGGUCUACAAGCAUCCGAGAGGCAGUAGCACGGCAUGAGCGCCUUCUUCCUCCCAGCCUCCGUGCCUCCUACGAUGUGGUGCUCGCAGUGGGCCCAGAGGGCGGCUGGUUACCCUACGAGUUACACCUCUUUUCAAGGCUCGGCUUCCGCCAUGUGGCGCUGGGGCAGAAGCCACUGCGCACCGAUGUGGCCCUGGUGGCUCUUCUCUCCCUGCUCAAAGAGGAAAUGAAUGAGUGGUGAAUUGUGAUGCAGCGGGUGACUGAAUAGAGGUAGAUCACUACCUGGUGGUGGUCGAGUCGCAGAUGAAAUCCAUGACUGGUGAAUCAUAAUGACUGGUGAUCAGCUAUGACAUCAAUUGCCAGUGGCAGAUUUUGUAACGCUGUGCAGCAUCUGCGAGCGCUAUUGCAGGGCAUUAUACAUUCGCGCUAACGAAAGCAGGUCACACCUGUUUGAACCAAACCGUGUAUUUACAAUAGU